AUCCCCAGGCUGCGGGAGCCAGAAACUGCGACGUGAACAUCGCACGAUUUAUGUGCGCUCAGCUGCCGAACCCAGUUCUGGACAGCAUCAGCAUCAUCGACACGCCGGGGAUCCUGUCCGGGGAGAAGCAGCGGAUAAGCAGAGGCUACGACUUCGCGGCCGUCCUGGAGUGGUUCGCGGAACGGGUGGACCGCAUCAUCCUGCUGUUCGACGCCCACAAGCUGGACAUCUCGGACGAGUUUUCGGAGGUGAUCAAGGGGCUGAAGAACCACGAAGACAAGAUCCGGGUGGUGCUGAACAAGGCGGACCAGAUCGAGACGCAGCAGCUGAUGCGGGUGUACGGGGCCCUGAUGUGGUCGCUGGGCAAGAUCAUCAACACCCCGGAGGUGGUGCGCGUCUACAUCGGCUCCUUCUGGUCCCACCCGCUUCUCAUCCCGGACAACCGGAAGCUCUUCGAGGCAGAGGAGCAAGAUCUCUUCAAGGACAUCCAGUCCCUGCCCCGCAACGCCGCCCUUCGGAAGCUGAACGACCUCAUCAAGAGGGCCCGGCUGGCCAAGGUCCACGCUUACAUCAUCAGCUCUUUGAAGAAGGAGAUGCCCAACGUCUUUGGCAGGGAGAGCAAGAAGAAGGAGCUGCUGAGCAACCUGGGUGAGAUCUACCUCAAGAUCGAGCGGGAGCACCAGAUCUCACCCGGCGAUUUUCCCAGCCUCCGGAAGAUGCAGGAGCAGCUCCUGACCCAGGACUUCAGCAGGUUCCAGCCCCUGAAGCAGAAGCUGCUGGACGCGGUGGACGACAUGCUGGCGAACGACAUCGCCCGGCUGAUGGUGAUGGUGCGGCAGGAGGAGUCGCAGAUGCCCUCCCAGGUGGUGAAGGGCGGGGCCUUCGAGGGAACCAUGAACGGGCCCUUUGGCCACGGCUAUGGCGAGGGGGCGGGCGAGGGCAUCGACGACGUGGAGUGGGUGGUGAGCAAGGACAAGCCCACCUACGACGAGAUCUUCUACACCCUCUCGCCGGUCAACGGCAAGAUCACGGGGGCCAGCGCCAAGAAGGAGAUGGUCAAGUCCAAGCUGCCCAACACUGUCCUGGGCAAGAUCUGGAAGCUGGCCGACGUGGACAGGGACGGGCUGCUGGACGACGAGGAGUUCGCCCUGGCCAACCACCUCAUCAAGGUCAAGCUGGAGGGCCACGAGCUGCCAGCCGAACUGCCUUCUCAUCUGGUGCCCCCUUCCAAGCGCAGGCUCGAAUGAACCCACCGCCUCCAGACUACCUGGCCCGGCGCGGCAGGCUUCGGGUGGGUGCCUGAGCGCUGCCCGCGGGAACUGAGUUCGAACCCCCCGUCCUGCGUGAAGCCCAGCCGCCCAGCCUUUCUGAAAUGCACCAUACUAUAUGUUCAGAUAUAUGGGUAUAUCUCGAUAUAGCUACACGUCGGGAGAUAUAUCUACAUAUAUAUGUGUGUGAGUGUCCCCCCUGGAAGAACGCGCAAUACAAUGUUUUAAGGCUGCAAUCUUCUGUGGUGCUGCAGGGGGGAACCCCUCGCUUUACGCCGGCGGAA